UAAUAUUCAAAAAUUCUAUUCACAAAGGAAAAAAUAACGUGAUUAUGCCAAAUUUUUAUGCUUAGGUAUCAUUGAUUAUUCGUAUAGAGGGCUGUAAUCUCUGACAUUAGAUGAACGACAAAGGAAAAGGAUUUGAAUUUUAUUCAAAUAAAAUUAAUAAUAAUGGUAAAAGAGCUCAUCACAAUGCAUUGGAAAGAAGAAGGAGAGAUCACAUAAAAGAGAGUUUUUAUGGAUUAAGAGAUGUUGUUCCCAUUAUUCAUAAAUCAAAAAUUUCAAGAGCACAAAUACUCAAAAAAGCCACUGAAUAUUUGCAAGCUCUUAUAUCCCAAAAUAAGUCUGAUCAAACAGAUAUUGAAGAGAUGUUAAAACAAAAUAAAGUAUUAGAACAAAAAAUAAUGUAUAUGCAAAAAAUGAAAUAUUUCGAGAACAAUCCCAAGUCCGAUCCCGUCAACGCCUCCGACACGAACGACGAUGACCAGGGCGACCAUCCUCCCGUGACCUUGUCGAAAUGUAGCAUUCCGGACGAACACUCCUAUUCGGAACUGUGAAAAAAAAAAUUUUAAAAAUGGCGAAAUCCUUAAUUCCUAAAUAUCGACAACCUUUUUCACGCGAAAUAUGUAAAUUAGAUGAUUCGUUAAAAGAAUUCCGAUUAUAUAUAUAUAUUUAUUUAAAGAAAAAAUCCCCUCCCCCCUUCUCAACCCGUUCCUAUUUGCAAUUAAGUUUUUACCUAACCCUAUUUUAUUUAUGCAUCUUUUAUUUUUAAAAAUAUACAAUUAUGCAAUAUAAAAGUCAAAAACAGGCAAACUUAAAUAUAUAUUAUUUAUAUAAAUAUUUACAAAAUAUUUUUUUAUUUAUUAAGAAAAUGCAAUUUAUUUUUCUUUAUUAACAUUUAAAUUUUUAAAAAAAAAACACAAAUCUCCUUCCUUUCCCUCUUCAAAAUGAUAAUUCCUUAUUAUUUUUAUACGUGUGAGAAGCCAUUUUUUUUUUUGAAAAAUUCAAAUAAAAAGGGAAGUUUUCUGUUCCCUUUUUCCGUUGGAAUGAAAGGGUAUAUUAAUACCAAAAAUCUUAUGCACAUCAUUUACCAUCAUAAGUUAUAUUUAUAUAUAUUAUUUCAACAUUAAUAUAUUUGCCCCCCUCAACCUCCACCAAAUCGCAUAAUUAUUUAUUUGUCCUAAAAAAGACGUGUAUUUAUAUUUAUAUUUAUAUGUUUUUUAUUUAAUAUU